AUGUCGGAAAACAUCCUCUUCGAAGGUAACUUCAAAAUUAGCGACAUCAACAGCAGCAAAUAUGAUCGAGUCUCGCGCAUCAAAGCCUUCAGUGAGGGAGACUCAGAAGUCCUACUCACCCUUGAUGUCAAUACGGAGCUUUACCCUCUCAAUGUGGACGAACGCGUGACUGUCGCGCUUGCUUUGUCGCUGAACUUGGACGGAAGCAAAGAUGAUGGUAAGGGCUGGAGGGAAGUCGGGCGGGGAGAAAAUACGUUGGCAGACGAAUACGGAUAUGUCUGUCAUGGCAAGAUCUACAGAUUUGAGGAGGGCACUGGAGAGAACAUUAAGGUUUAUGUGUCCUUUGGUGGUCUGUUACUCUACAUGGAUGGUCCUUACUCACUACUCAACGCUCUCCGAAUUGACUAUGUCUAUCUCUUGAUGAAGAAGUAA